AUGGAAGAUUGGAGUGAUGAACCGGAAUAUUUGAUAGCAAUUGAAGAUCGCGAGUUACGUCAAUUUGCUUUGGAAAUUAAUGCGCUAUGGAAAAAACUCUGUCAUAUUGUUAAGCCUGAGGUAAAGAGUAAUCCGAAGCGUUAUUCGGCAAUAUAUUUACCAUAUGAAUUUAUGAUAGCAGGUGGUCGAUAUCGUGAAUUUCAUUACUGGGAUACAUACUGGAUCAUAAAGGGUUUGCUUGCUUCAGGUAUGCAUGAUACUGUAAAACAUAUACUUCAAAAUUUCAAAUAUUUAAUUGAAAAAUAUGGAUAUAUACCAAAUGGUGGUCGUACUUAUAUGUUACAACGUACUCAACCACCUUUUUAUAUUCCAAUGGUUUACGAAUAUCAUACUGUAACGGCAGAUGAUGAAUUUCUGCUCAGUGUUAUGAGUACUAUGGAAGCGGUAAUAUUUCUCGAAAUAUUUAAAUUUUCAAACGAAUAA